AAGGAGGAAGAUGAGAAGAAGGCAAAGAGAAGCAAAGAAGAGAAGGAGGCCGCCAUGGCUCUGAAGGUGAAGAAAAAGGAAGAGGAGGAGCAGGCACGCUGGAGAUGGUGGGAGGAAGAGAAGUAUGAAGACGGUAUCAAAUGGAAAUUUCUGGAACAUAAGGGCCCCGUGUUCGCUCCGCCGUAUGAGCCGCUGCCAAAAGAUGUGACGUUUUACUAUGACGGAAAGCCAUUCCAGCUCGGCGCUCAAGCGGAAGAAGUGGCCAAGUUCUUUGCUGCCAUGUUGGACCAUGACUACACCACCGUAGAAAUCUUCCGGAAUAACUUCUUUUUGGAUUGGCGAAAGGAAAUGACCCUGGAGGAGCGAAUGGCGAUCACCGAUCUGGCAAAGUGCGACUUUACCGAAAUAUUUGGUUAUCACAAAAGGAUAACGGAUGAAAGAAAAAAUCGCACCAAGGAAGAAAAAAUGAAACUGAAGGAAGAAAACGCCAAGAUCGUGGAGGAAUUUGGCUUCUGUCUCAUGGAUCACCACAGGGAAAAAAUCGGAAACUUUAAAAUUGAGCCCCCAAGUUUGUUCCGUGGGAGAGGUGACCACCCUAAGCAGGGUAUGCUGAAGAAGCGCAUUUUACCUGAAGAUGUGAUCAUCAACUGCAGCAGAGAUUCAAAAAUUCCUGUGCCCCCUAGUGGCCGUAAGUGGAAAGAAGUUCGUCAUGACAAUACGGUCACCUGGUUAGCUUCGUGGACUGAAAACGUGCAGGGAUCGGUGAAAUACGUGAUGCUGAAUGCAAAUUCCAAAUUAAAGGGUGAAAAAGAUUGGGAAAAAUAUGAAGUGGCCAGAAAGCUGAAGAACCAUGUCGACAAAAUUAGAAGAACGUACCGGGAGGACUUCAAAUCCAAAGAGAUGCGCAUACGACAGAGAGCUGUAGCGCUAUACUUUAUUGACAAGCUGGCUUUGAGAGCAGGUAACGAAAAGGAAGAAGGGGAGACGGCCGACACCGUAGGUUGCUGCUCGUUGAGAGUCGAGCAUAUUAAACUUUACCCAGAACUUGAUGGAGAGACGCACGUGGUCGAGUUCGACUUUCUGGGUAAAGACUCCAUCCGGUAUUACAACAAGGUCCCGGUAGAGAAGAAGGUAUUUAAAAACCUGCAGCUGUUCAUGGAGAAUAAGCAGGAAGGAGACGAUCUGUUUGACAGACUGAAUACGCCAAUGCUGAACAAACACUUGCAGUCCCUGAUGGAAGGACUGACAGCCAAGGUUUUCAGGACGUACAACGCCUCGGUCACGCUGCAACAGCAGCUGCAGGAGCUGACGGACGGGGAGGACACCGGCCCGGGAAAGAUCCUGUCCUACAACCGAGCCAACAGAGCGGUUGCUAUACUUUGCAACCAUCAGCGGGCAGCACCGAAAACAUUUGAUCAAUCCAUGGCAAAUCUGAGAUCCAAGAUUGAAGCCAAAAAAGAACAGAUUGCAUUGGUGAAGAAGGAGCUGAAGGAAGCCAAGAAAGAAGCUAAAGACAAUGACACCGAGAAGCUCCGGAAAGUUGUGGAAAGCAAGAAGAAAGCGGUCAUGAGGGCGGAGGAGCAGCUGAUGAGAUUGGAGGUGCAGGCGACGGACAAAGAGGAGAACAAACAGAUCGCCUUGAGCACCUCCAAGCUAAACUAUCUGGACCCCAGGAUUUCGGUGGCUUGGUGUAAGAAGUGGGACGUCGGCCUGGAGAAGAUCUACAAUAAGACCUACCGGGACAAGUUUGCUUGGGCCGUUCAUAUGACUGAGAAGGACUUCAACUUCUGACCAUCGACCAGUCGUAGGCUCGGUUUUACUCU